CCGGCUGUCAAACAUGGCCCCCUCCUACUGGGUGUGAGAGCAGAGACAGCUGACAAAGAAGAGAAAUCCAUGAAAGAAGACGGCACCGAUUCAAAUCAGAACGCAGCCUCGUCCAGAUAACACUGCACUGAUGUGACUUCCUAAGAGAGUGAAAUAUGCCUGCCAAAUGAUGAAGUGUGCCAGAGCGAGGAACUGACAGAAGAAGGCCUUCGUUGUUGCAGCCCAUCUGUUCAGCUCAACCCUCCUCCCUGCCUGCCUCACUCCACCCUGCAGCCAUGCAGAUCAAUCCAGUGUACGUGGAGUCCAGUGUGGUUUUGGCUGUGGUGAUGUGUGUUCACAUGGCGGUGUGGAACCAGCACUCCUGGUCCUGCAUAGCCCUCUUCAUCCAGGCCUUCUACGUCCAGCACAAGUGGGACCGCCUGCUCAGGUCGGGCGGCGCCGUUUUCCAGUUCCGUCCCUCAGCGAGCAGCGGCAUCGUCCCCGCCUCCAUGGUGAUGCCUUUGCUGGGCCUGGUACUGAAAGAAAAGUGCUCCGCCUCGGGGAAUGUCUACUUUGAGCGCUUCUCCAUGGUGGUCACCAUCACAGGCAUGAUGCUGGCUCUGUUUCUAUCCCUGAUUGUGCUUGGCAUCACAAGACCCGUACCCACGAACACUUGCAUCAUCGCAGGCAUGGCUGGCAGCGCGAUUCUCUACACAACUAAACAGACGCUGACAGUGUCCGAGGUCAUCGAGGUCCUGGAGGUGCUGUUGAUCUUCGUGUAUCUCAGCCUGAUUGUACUUUACCUGCUGCCACGCUGCUUCACACCUGGAGAGGCGCUCCUCAUCGUAGGUGGAAUCAGUUUCAUUGUCAACCAGCUCAUUAAACGCUCCCUGAACCUGGCCGAGGUCAAAGGUGACCCUGUGAACUACUUCCUGCCGGUCAUAGUGGUGGGCUCCCUGCUGCUGGGCGUUUUCUUCGCCCUGCUCUUCUGCUUCAUGGAAUCCGAGACCUGGGUGUCAUCGCUGUUCUUCCACAUGAUGACCGCCGUUUUGGGUCUGGGGAUCCUCAUGCCAUGGCUCUCCCUGUUCAUCGGGCGGCACCCCAUUAUGUGGCUGCUGGACUUUGCCACGCUAAAUGACAGAAGACUCUGUCUGCUGGGGUACUGGGUGUUUCUAGCUGUCGUAGCAACUUGCGUGGUGUUACACCAGAACCACCAGCGACAGUCGGGGUCCAAGAAGCAUCAGGCCUCCACGGUCGUCAGGAAGUACUUCCAUCUGAUUGUAGUGGCUACGUAUGUUCCAGGGCUGAUAUACGACAGGCAGCUUCUCCAUGUGGCGUCUGUGGGCUGCUUGGCAGCUUUCCUCUUCCUGGAGUACGUGCGUUACUUUCGGAUCAGACCACUCGGCCAGCUCCUGAGGCAGGUGCUCACUUUAUUCCUUGAUGAACGAGACUCCGGACCUCUGAUUCUGACCCACGUCUACCUGCUGCUGGGUAUGUCUCUACCUAUAUGGUUGUUCCCUGGACCCUGCGCCCCAAAGGGGGUACUUCCUGGUGCAGGCGGUCUGGUGCCCUAUGCAGGAGUGCUGGCCGUCGGGGUGGGUGACACUGUGGCAUCCAUAUUUGGCAGCACCAUGGGGGAGAUCCGUUGGCCUGGCACAAAGAAAACCAUGGAGGGGACUGCGACAUCAGUGUUUGCCCAGAUCAUAGCAGUGGCUAUGUUCCUCAUCUUUGAUGGGAGCAUCAAUCUGAACUCUAGCUACUCGUGGAUUGUUGGUUCUGUCACUCUGGUGGCAAUGCUGGAGGCCUAUACCUCCCAAAUAGACAACCUCCUUCUCCCACUCUACCUCUUCAUCCUGCUGUUGCUUUGAGCAGAAAGAUGGCGCGCGCAAAAAAAAACAAAAAAACCGGAUCCACUCUGCUGUCCUCUGCUCUUUUAAUGGUGGGGUAAAAGGAGCGAUGACUUCAGAAAAAAAGCAACAUAUACGAACACAUGUGAUAGUUGAUGUAACAAACGUCUCUUAAGGAAACAUUGGUAUAUUUUCUGUUAGCACAAGAAAGGAGCAUUCAAAGUCUGACAGCUUACUUAAUCAGGAUAACAACCCUAACCCAAGUCAAACAAAUGUGGCAUGACGUUUGUGUCUGUUACCUUUAGAUUACUAAUAAUCGCAGCUGCUUAAGGAAUGAAACUAUCUAUUAAGAAUAAGUUACAAAGAUAUGCGAGUUAAAGUUCCUGCCUGUAUAGACAGUGGUGUACAGUUUCUUUUGCGUGUCACUGUCCUGAGGGAGGUACUCAAUCACUGACACCAAGUCCUCUUAAAUUAUGCAACAGGAGAUAGUUUAACAAAGUAGAAAAAAUGACCCUGCUAUCACAUCUAAUCAAUGAGAAAGUAUUCCUAUCUUGUCCCAUAUGGAUACAUGCCUUUGUAUUGCCUUUGAAGAACAUUAUUUCAAGUUAUCUUACUGAUACAUCCUCUUCUUUUGUUAUUCGGUUGAUUUGCCUCCCUGAUGGCAAUAUGACGGACUUUACUGCUGAAAAUAUUUGCCUUAAGGUGUUAAGAAGUAUUUUCUACACACAUUAUCUACUGUUGUAAAUGCUGUAGAUGAAAGCAUGGCAGCCCAUCUCAACUCUUCUUAAAAGGGCUGAUUUAUAUUUCAAUGUGCAGAACGUCACUCUGUCCAUGCAUGACACUGGUAUGAAAAACUGGAACUUAAAUACAGGUAUUCUACAGUAUAUUAUUUUUGGUUGACACACUUUUGUUAAUACUUUUGAUGUUUGUUGGGACCCCCUUAAAAUAAGGGUAACAUACGAAGUACAUUUCCUUGUUAUACUGAGCCUUCAAACUGCAGUUUUUUAGUCUGUAAAUAAGCGGUGGGUCUGAAUAUUAAACAAAGGCCCUUUAUUAUUUUAUCCAUCCACAUUUCAUCAGGAAUCAUCUCAUCAUUCUUUGUUGUGGAUGGAACAGUUUCCUGCCUUAAACCUUUUUUUUCCAGCAGGAUUUUCCAAACAUGUGAUGUCUGUUCAUCUUUAAAACUUUUUUGGUGUAACAUUUUAUUAGCAUGAUCCUACUAGUAUGUUUAUUUUUGCCAUCAUCAUAACAUUUUGAAAAUGUAAUAGUGCAUGUUGAGUGCAUUGGAGAUGAGACGCUAAUUUAAUAUAUAAAUGAAUUGAAGACCUUUGUGACUGAUGGAUUACACUUUAACAUUUUUUAUUAACCUUACUUUUAUUUUCAUUUUAAGCUGUAAUGUUGUGAUUCAUGAUUGUUGAAAGGCACAUUUUUGUUUUUUUAUUUAAGUUGCGUCUUAAAAUGAACAUACUUGAAAACGUAAUAUUUUAUGUUGUAUGUGUUGCUUUGACACAAAUGAAAAAAAAACAAGAAUUAUGCUGAUUGUAAAUAAAGAGUUGCUGAAUAAAGGUGGACUAUUGAUGAAAAGUUGAAAA